CGUCAGCCAGGCCAGGCCCCCGAGGGCUCCCGGACUUCUCCGCGCGGGCCGGGCCCUGCUCCCCACGCUCGCCGUGCCUCUUCGGGCGGACCCAGUGCCAGGCAUGGCGUCCCCGGCGGCGGCCGGCCAGGUGGUGAUCGUUGGCAGCCACUUGCUCUGAGAAAAUCCUCGAUAAUCUGGGCUGUAGAUGCAUUGUGAGAGCAGAUGCCUUCCUGUCCUCACCUCUGGCUGGAUACUCACGCACCAGUGGACUCAUUGGGCGAAGCUGGGCUAUGUUGUUUGCUAGUGGAGGCUUCAAGGUGAAACUCUAUGACAUUGAGCAGCAGCAGAUAACAGACGCCUUGGAGAACAUCAGAAAAGAGAUGAAAUUGCUGGAGCAGUCCGGUUACCUGAAAGGCUCCUUAGGUGCUGAAGAGCAGCUGUCACUCAUCAGUGCUUGUUGGAAUAUCCAAGAAGCAGUAGAGGGCGCUGUGCACAUUCAGGAAUGUGUUCCAGAAAACCUAGAACUGAAGAAGAAGAUUUUUGCUCAGUUAGAUCAAAUCAUCGAUGAUAAAGUUGUCUUAAGCAGCUCCAGCUCUUGUCUCCUACCUUCCAAGUUGUUUGCUGGUCUGGCACAUGUAAAGCAAUGCAUUGUGGCCCAUCCUGUGAAUCCGCCAUAUUUUGUCCCAUUGGUCGAGCUGGUCCCACACCCGGAGACGGCCCCCACUACGGUGGCCAGAACCCAUGCGCUGAUGCAGAAGAUCGGACAGUCCCCAGUCAGAGUCCUGAAGGAGGUGGACGGCUUUGCCCUGAAUCGCCUCCAGUACGCGGUCAUCAGCGAGGCCUGGAGGCUGGUGGAGGAAGGAGUGGUGUCUCCAAGCGACCUUGACCUUGUCAUGUCAGAUGGCCUGGGCAUGCGGUACGCCUUCAUCGGACCUCUAGAAACUAUGCAUCUCAAUGCAGAAGGAAUGUUAAGCUACUGUGACAGAUAUGGCGAAGGCAUGAAACGUGUCCUGAAGACCUUUGGACCAAUUCCAGAGUUUGUUGGGGCCACAGUUGAAAAAGUGAACCAGGCCAUGUGUGUGAAAGUUCCUGAUGACCCAGAGCACUUAGCUGCCAGAAGGAAGUGGAGAGACGAAUGCCUCAUGAGACUGGCCACACUGAAAAGCCAGAUGCAGUCCCAGUGAAGCUUCUGUGAUCACUCCCUCCGGAAAUCCCACGGGGUGAAAUUACAAGUAGUUAAUCAAGUUGCUCUGUAACAGUGGAAAGCCGCAGCAGUGCUUAGCAUGCAGAUUCCGAGCUUGCUCUCCCCCAGGUCACCAGCAUGCCCCCCAGAGGCCAAGGAUCUCCCCCACCUCUGGUCCUGCCCUCCACUUUGUGUGGUAACAGCACCUGGGUUCUGAGGGCUGUUGAUUACCUGCCCCCUGGGCAAGCAGGAGAACAAACUGUCUUUUUAGUGUGAUUAUGUGUAGACAAUGAUUGUAGUUUGAAGAACCAAUGAUUAUAGUUUCAAGCUAUUUUACUCCAUUGCAGAAUAUUUUUAUAAUUAUUUUCCAGUCCCUGCAUUUAUGAGGCAACUGCCUUCAUUUUGUCAAUGCUUAUUCUAAAUAAAAGUUUUAAUUCCAUAAAGA